CAGGCUCCCUCCGUAGCCCCGCCCCGGCUCCGCCCCCCGCCGGCUCCCCCAUUCGCCCGCCAUGGUGAACCUGGGCCUGUCCCGUGUGGAUGACGCCGUGGCCGCCAGGCACCCGGGGCUCCGGGAGUACGCCGCGUGCCAGUCCCACGCCUUCGUGAAGGGCGUGCUCACCUUGCUCGCAGGCGCGGGUGCCGCCUUCGGCCUGCUGACGGCCCUCCGGCGCAGGCGCCCCUACCCCUGGCAGUGGAGCCUGCUGGCGGCCGCAGUUGUUGGUUCUGUGGCAAGUUAUGGGGUGACAAGAGUGGAGACCCAGAAAUGCAGCAACCUCUGGCUUUUCCUGGAGACAGGGCAGCUCCCCAAAGACAAGAGCCCAGAUGGCCGCAGCUAGGCGCACUCCAGCUGAGAUGUGGAGGAUCUGGGACAGAGGCAGCCCUGAAACACAGCCCUCUGCACCUCCAAUUCCAGACCUUGCCCCCACCUGCACAGAUGUGCGGCCAGAUCUGACACACCUGAGACCUGCCAAGGAGUCGGCUCAGAAAAGGUUGGGGUGGUGAGCUCUACUCCAAGAUGACAAGAAACAGGGUCAGCACCGUGAGCCAAGGGCCCUGCAGCAGCCUGCAGGUGGAGGAGACUCCUGCACUGUCCCAGGAGCUCAGGGUCACCUUUCAGCCCCCUAAACCUCCGAGACUCAAGGGGACAUUGGGUACUGGGGAUGUGAGGUGAAUAAAUGACAUCCUUUCUUCUGA